GGGUAGGGUGAGGUCUAGGGAUCGAACCCUGGGUACUGCAUCCGCUGUUGCUAAAAGAAAGGUCUGCAGUCGAAGAGCGUCACAGGCGUCGUAAGGAUGCUUGGGGCGGCAAAAGACGGGGACGGGAUGUUGGGGAGGGCCGUGGUGGGGAGAAUGGACGGGUUCUUCUUCGUCCAAGAACAGAGACGGAGGAAAGGGGAAGGGGUAACGGAUGGAGACAAAACCAGGGGAGGUAGGAGUGGUGAAGACAGGGGUGGUAGGGUAGCCGGAAGCUGGGUAACAGACGGAGACAAAACCAGGGGAAAUAACGACGGUGAAGACGGGCGGGGUGAAGGUAGGGGUUACGAAGGUAGGGGUCAAGAAGUCAGGGGUGAUGAAGUCAAGGGUGAUGAAGUCAAGGGUGGUGAAGUGGUUGAAGCAGAGACAGGGGGGGCAGUCGUAGGUGAGACCCGAAGAGGGGACUCUGCAGGUGGUAAUGCAAGUAUGGCCACGGAUACCAUGGAGGAACACACCAAGACCAAGGGCGACACAACAGCUGCGGUGGCCACGGAUGCCAUGGAAGACCACACCGAGACCAAGGGCGACACAGUCGCUGCAAUGGCCACGGAUGCCAUGGACGAACACAUCGAGACCAAGGGCGACACAGCAGUUGCGGGUCGGGUUGCUCCCGUGGAAUCAAUUGUAGAAGCAACCAAGGCCGAUGAGGAAGAGGUUGCGAACCGAAAAGGGGCAGCUAGGGUCACAAACGGCAUGGAAGGGGUUACUAAGACUGAUCAGGACGCAGGUGCGACAGACACAGGUAAUGAAGAAGAGGUUGUGAUAGGUGUGACAAGCGCCGAUAAUGAAGAAGGGGUUGUGACAGGCGUAGUCCGAGGACAGUGUGUGGAUACUCGAGAAAGCAGGUGGUGAAUAGACCAUCGAAGCAUGCUGCGAAACCAACUGGAGAGGCGGGUCACGUGCGCAGGUACCAGUGU